UUAAAGGCGGGGGGCCGGGGAGCGGGGCCACGGCCGUGCCAUGGCUCCCAAAACGGUGCUGAUCACCGGCUGCUCCUCCGGCAUCGGGCUGGCGCUGGCCGUCCGGCUGGCACAGGACAAGCAGCGCCGCUUCCGAGUCAUCGCCACCAUGAGGAACGUGAGCAGGAGCGGGGCGCUGGCAGCGGCGGCGGGGCCGGCGCUGGGCCGGACGCUGGAGAUCAAGCAGCUCGACGUCUGCGACGAGGGUUCCGUCCGCGCCUGCCUCAACAGCAUCCCCGGGCGCCACGUCGACGUCCUGGUCAGCAACGCCGGGGUGGGCAUGGCGGGUCCCCUGGAGUGCCAGAGCCUGGCGGCCAUGCAGAGCCUCAUGGACACCAACUUCUUCGGCCUCGUCCGCCUGGUCAAGGAGGUGCUGCCCGACAUGAAGCGGCGCCGCAGGGGCCACAUCGUGGUCAUCAGCAGCAUCAUGGGCCUGCAGGGCAUCGUCUUCAACGACAUCUACGCCGCCUCCAAGUUCGCGGUGGAGGGUUUCUGCGAGAGCUUGGUGGUGCAGGCGCUGCACUUCAACGUGGCGAUUAGCCUGGUGGAGCCGGGGCCGGUGACGACGGAGUUCGAGGCGAAGGUGUACGAGGAAGCCAAACGCGCCGACUACUCACGGACCGACCCCGAGACGGCCGACAUCUUCGCCAACCUCUACCUGAGGAACUCCAAGGACAUCUUCUCCAGCCUGGGCCAGACCCCUGAGGACAUCGCGGAGCACACGGUGUGGGUGAUCGAGGCGGCCCGGCCGCCCUUCCGGCACCGCACCAACGCGGUGUGCACGCCGAUGGCCGCGCUGAAGCACGCCGACCCCAGCGGCGCCCUCGUGACCGACGCCUUCUACAAACUGGUGUUCAAGUACGACGCGGUGCUGCGGCUCAGCCUCGGCGCCAUCCGCCUGCUCCGCUGGAAGGCCCAGAAGGUGAAGGAGGGCGCCCGGCUGCUGGGCUUCAAAUAGCCCCCCGCGGCCCCCGGGCAACUCGGGGCACCGCAGCCCCCCACCCCGGGGGGGGGGGCUCAGCUCAGAGGCGGGGGGCGAGCAAGGCCGGGACCCACAUGGGGUUUCGCUUCCUGCUCCCGGCCCAAAAUAGCACCCGCCGCCGCUGUAUUAAAAUCCGGAGUGGUAUUUUUAACCAA